AUGAGUUUCAACGAAGGAACCUACUACAUCGCCACCGCCCUCUCCAACCACAAGGCCAUCGACCUCGACUCGUCCGAAGCCACCGGCCGCAUCAUCGAAUACGAAGGCCACGGCGGCAAGAACCAACAGUGGCGCAUCACCAAAAUCACCCACGAAGAAUUCAGCAUCCAGAGCGUUGCCACCAACACCUUCAUCACGGCUCCAAAUGGAGGCGAUGCCACGGCUCAUGGCUCAAAGCUCCUCCCCGAGUGCAACAACGUGGCCCGCUGGAAGAUUGUAAAGGCCAGCAAGAGCGACAACUAUCACAUCUAUAGCGUGGCGUUUCCCAACAAGGUCCUCGACGUGACGGGCAGCAAGCAGGAUAACUCGACCCCCAUCAUCGUCUACAACUAUCACGGGGGGGUGAACCAGCAGUUUACCUUCAAGGAGGUGUAA